CGCCCAAAGAAAGUGACACCUUGGAACUUUGUUUUGGCUCCAGGUGUGAUGGAGCAUGCAACAAAACUAAAAUGGUGGAGAUAACAAGAAACUUCGAAGAGUGAAGAUAUGAAUAUAUAUUUGUGUACACUAGAACUAGAACACUACUGCCAGUGUCAAUUUUAUUCGUAGUUUGGUAGAGAAGAUGGCGCAGAAGCUGAGUUAUCUUCCGCUUUCUCUUCCUUUGUUAUGUUUUCUUGUGUUGAUGAUGAAUUCAGGGGAGCUGAGGGUUUGCAGCCUUGAUCAAAAGUUUAGCAGAGAUGAUUUUCCGAGUGACUUUGUUUUUGGUUCUGGGACUUCUGCUUAUCAGGUUGAAGGAGCAGCAUUUGAAGAUGGAAAAAAGCCUAGCAUUUGGGAUAACUUCUCUCAUUCUGGCAAUUGGCAAGGAGACAAUGGAGACAUAGCAUGUGAUGGAUAUCACAAGUACAAGGAAGAUGUUCAACUUAUGAUGGACACAGGACUGGAGGCCUACAGGUUUUCUAUCUCAUGGUCAAGACUUAUCCCUAAUGGAAGAGGACUUGUCAACCCAAAGGGCUUACAAUAUUACAACAAUGUCAUUGAUGAACUUAUUGGCCAUGGAAUACAGCCCCAUGUAACUUUAUCCCAUUUUGAUCUACCACAAGUACUGGAGGAUGAAUAUGAGGGAUGGCUUAGCAGAAAAGCAGUGAGAGACUUCACUGCUUAUGCUAAUGUGUGCUUCAGAGAAUUUGGUGAUAGAGUUUUUCACUGGACUACUUUUAAUGAGGCCAAUAUGGUUGCGAUGGCUGGUUAUGAUAUGGGAAUGAUGCCACCAGGUCGCUGCUCUAUUUCUUUAUUCGGAUCAAAUUGCGACAAAGGCAACUCGUCAUAUGAGCCCUACACAGUUGCCCAUAAUAUGCUGCUUGCACAUGCAUCAGCUGCAAGGCUCUACAAGAAAAAAUACAAGGCUGCACAGCAAGGUUCCAUCGGAAUAAAUGUUUUCUCCUACUGGUUUGUUCCUUACUCGAAUUCAGUGGCAGAUGUGAUUGCAACUCAAAGAGCCAAUGAGUUUUAUGUUGGUUGGAUUGUAAAUCCGUUGGUUUUUGGUGACUAUCCUGGCAUAGUCAAGAAGAAUGCUGGAACACGAAUUCCUGCCUUCACAAACGCUGAAUCCAAAUAUCUCAAGGGUUCAAUUGACUUUCUUGGAGUGAACCAUUAUGCGACUACCUACAUCAAGGACCGAUCCAGCUCCCUUGAUACUGAUAACAGGGACAUAAUGGCAGAUAUGGCAAUAGAAAUGGCAUUUGGACGUAAUCAAGAUGGGAGGUCUCCAUAUAAGGGUCUUCAGGAACUUCUGGAAUACUUGAAGCACGUAUACAAGGAUACUUCGAUAUACAUUCAUGAAAAUGGUAAGGCAACUCCAAGUACAGGCUCGUUGAAUGAUACGUCGAGGGUGGAACUUAUGCAAGGCUUUAUUGGUAGCAUGCUGGAUGCAUUAAGGAAUGGAGCAAAUGUAAAAGGGUAUUUCAGUUGGUCAUUCUUAGAUGUUUUUGAGAUCAUGAUUGGGUCAAAAUUUGGCCUGUAUUAUGUGGAUUUUGAUGAUAAGGACCGGAGAAGAUACCCUAAGCUCUCCGCGUACUGGUACUCCAGUUUCUUGAACGGGAGAAACAAGAACAAAUACAAUGUGGUUGAAAUCAAAGAUAUAAGUCUUGACUCCCAACAAUCUUACAUCUCCUAGUAAUGUUCCAUCAGGCUACAUUGAAACAAGGGGUUAGAUGAACAGAAGCACAUUCACCUUGGACAUUUAUAUAUUGAACUCUUGUUUGAAUCCAUUGAAAUAUUAUAGUAGUAUCACUAUUCAUAAAGGAUCAGGGGAAGUGCCGAAAUUGCUCCAGGGUUCAAAUCUAUGAUAUUCAUCCAUAUGCAAAUUUAUUUUUUUCCAUUGAUA